AUGGCUGUCGCCGUUGCUCCGCCGGAAGCGGAGGCCUCGCCGGCUGCCAGCGCGCGCGGCGGCAAUGCAGCAUCGACGGCACACAGCGGCGACGACACACCCAGCUCAUCUGGCAUCUCGUAUAGACAGUAUCGCGAUGAGUCUGACCUGGCGGCAGUUAUGGACCUCAUUGACAACGACCUGUCAGAGCCGUACUCCAUAUUCACAUACAGAUACUUCCUGGCAUCGUGGCCGCAGCUGUGCUUCCUCGCGCACGACAACUCCAGCGGGCAGCCGUGCGGCGUGGUGGUGUGCAAGAUGGACGUUCACAGGGGCAAGCAGCUGCGGGGGUACCUGGCGAUGCUGGUGGUGGACAAGCGCUUCAGGGGCAAGGGCAUGGGAUCCGCGCUGGCGCGCAUGGCCAUCAAGGCGAUGAUCGAGGGGGGUGCAGAGGAGGUGGCUCUGGAGGCGGAGGUCACCAACACGGGCGCGCUGGCGCUGUACCGCGCGCUGGGGUUCAUCAGGGACAAGCGGCUGCACAGGUACUACCUGAGUGGCAACGACGCCUUCCGCCUCAAGCUGCAGCUGCCGCUCACGCCGCUGGCGUUUGAGCGUCGCAAGAAGGAGAAGGACGCGAUCUUGGGGUUCCCUGAAGAGAUGGAGCCUGCUGACUCAGCAGUAGCGGAAGGCGCGGCUCACGAGGCUGAGAUCGCAUGA